UAUUGCUCAGUUGACUUUCAUUUAAUUUUAUCAUCAAGCAUUAUCCAUGCUAAGAAUGUGUUUUUGUGACUUUGACUUGGAAAGCUAAGUAAGCUGAUGCAGUUUGGGGACUUUGUGUACAGCCACAUACCUGGAAUUUUGGAUUGGCCUCUCAUGCAUUUAACUACGCUUUCUAGCAACGUUUCAAACCAGUAAUCUGUUCUCAAUAGCUCUCUGUUUCCACCUUGAACAGAUCCCUCCUCUCUUUUGUUCCUUUCCCUCCCUCUUGCUCAUUUUCUCUCGCUAACCCUGUUCCGUUGUGAAACUCUUCCUCUCUUUUUCUGUCUUUCUGUCUCCUUAUUUCCCAUUCUAACUUAACUUCCUUUUUUCUUUCUGCCCUCGACCUUCUCCUGUACUCUCAUUCACAAAUGCAAACAGACACACAAGUGCAGGUCCCCAGACGGCUGGUCUUGCGUCACAGAGAGCUCAAGCCGAGCCUCUUCUGUAUGCAGUUUAGCCAGCUCAGCUCUACAUCGUGCAGACGGAGGAGGAGGACAGGAGAGGCGGGGGCUUCAAAAUCAUCAGGUGUGUGUGUGUGUGUGUGUGUGUGUGCAGGGUGAAUAUUUCACAGAAGAUAAGAGAGGGAUACAGAUCUGUUAAUCUUGGAUUGCACGACUGGAGAGUUAACUGUGAAGGAAUUGCUGCUUUUUUCUGCCAAUCAAACUGUGAUAGGGAUACCUACAUGAUUUGGGUUUUCUUUCAGGGUCCAACCAGGCAGCUAUGAUGGUUGGAAAGCCAGUAAAGCAAUGGAGGUCCAUCUGUAAGGGACUGAUCCUGGGCACGCUCCUGACCAUCUGCAUGAUUCUUUUAUACUGUCUGUCUGCCUCAGAGGUCCAGUUUGGCCUGCAGGAGGUCCCAGUGCCUUACUCAUGUGCUCAUCGCCCCUCUGCUGCCCACUCCUCAACAAUCUCUAACAGCUCCCAUCAUGCCUCUGGGCAGCGAAUCUGCACUCCAAAAGUGGAUAUCAUGUUCAUGAAAACCCAUAAAACAGCUAGUAGCACUUUCCUCAACAUUCUCUUUCGCUUUGGUGAAAAACACCACCUCAAAUUUGCCUUCCCCAACAGCCGCAAUGACUUCUUUUACCCCUCCCCUUUCCAUCGCUCACAAGUGAAGGACUACAGGCCUGGAAUGUGUUUCAACAUCAUCUGUAAUCACAUGCGUUUCAAUGCUGCUGAGGUGGCCAAAGUGCUUCCAGCCGACACCUCGUACAUCACAAUCCUCCGGCACCCGGCUGAUCUCGCUGAGUCCUCGUUCCACUAUUUUGGACGCAUUGUACCUCUCACUUGGAGGCUUUCUGGAGAUGAUAAGAUGAGAGAAUUCCUGACGGAUCCAAAGCUUUACUACGACCCAGAGGGAUUCAAUUCGUUCUAUCUCAAAAACUUGCUUUUCUUUGACUUUGGACAGGACAGUAACUUAAAUCCAGACGACCCAAAAGUCGACGAGGCCAUUCAAGCAAUCGCCAAGCACUUCCAUUUGGUCAUGCUUGUGGAGUAUUUCGAAGAGUCGCUCAUCUUGCUCAAGGAUGCCCUUUGCUGGGACAUGGAGGACUUGCUUUUCUUCAAACUCAAUGCCCGGAAAGGUUCAACUGUUUCUAAACUGACUCCAGAGCUCAGGGCCAAAGCGCUGGAGUGGAACGCCAUCGAUUGGAAGCUUUACCAGUAUUUCAACACCACCUUCUGGCAUAAAGUGGACGCUUACGGCCGGGAGCGCAUGGCGAGAGAUGUUGAAGAGCUGCAGCGCAGAAAUGCAGAAAUGGCUUCUAUUUGCAUUGAAGGAGGCCAUGCUGUUGAUGCAGGGAGCAUCUUAGAGACUUCCAUGCAGCCGUGGCAACCCAUCGGUGAGAAGUCGAUUAUGGGAUACAAUCUGAAAAAGAAUGUUGACAAAGCACAUGGAAAGCUCUGCAGGAAGAUGCUCACUCCAGAGCUGCAGUAUCUCACCGAUAUGGGUGUCAACCUGUGGAUAACAAGACUGUGGGGUCACAUAAGAGAGAUCCUUCACUGGUAGCUCAGAAGAAAUGUUUUGCUAAGGUGAAAGGUCAGCGCUGACUUUAUGGAAGCUUGUUUCCGCCUCAUAAUAAAAGAUUCAAAUGUAAUUGUGACUUUUAUCUCACAACUCCACAUUUUUUCUCACAAUUCUGAGUUUAUGUCUCACAAAUCAGCCAUUUUUCUCAGAUUAUUUUCCUUCUUCAAUUCAGACUCUUUUUCCUCAGAUUUGCAAAUUCAUAUCUCACAAUUCAGAGUGUAUAUCUUGCAGUUUAGACAUUUUUUUUCCACACAGAACUGCGAGAUAUAAACUAUAUCGAAAAUAUAACUCUUGCUUGUUUUAAACAGGUUUAUUUCAGCCAAGAAAUAAAAAAGGUAAUUGAGACUUUUUAUCUUACAAUUCUGACUUUUCUUCUUGCAAUAAGUUUUUUUUUUCUCAGAAUUGCAAGUUUAUAUCUCACAGUUCACAAUUUAUAUCUCACAGUUCAGUAAAAUAGAAAAAAGUCUCUGAAUUGCAAGAUAUAAAUUGUGAACUGUGAAAAAAAACUUGCUUUUUUGAGACGAAGAGUCAGAAUAGUGGAAGAAAAACAAGUUUUGAAAAGAGUUGUUCGUUUUUAUUUUAUUUAUUCUGUGGCGAAAAUAAGUUUUCAUAGACUUGUAUACAUCCAACCGAAACCUGUUUUUCUGUGUCAGAAAGAGAUAAAACAUUAAAAGACAUGACUGAAUAAAAUAUUUUCAUAUUUAAAUGAAUAAGUGGUGACAGUCACAUCUUUAACACAUUAGAUUUGUGUUCAGAAAUGUACUGUAAGUCAGCACUAUGUAUUACAUGUAUGUAGUGUGUGGGUGCUUGAAUCAAUCAUAAAAAUGAAUCAGCUACUGUUGAAUAGCUUCAUUAUUUGAAGCGCUUAUUGUUGGUGCCAAUGGCAAUAGCAAUAAUUUCUCAAACUGGUUAAGAUUCAGAACUCUUUCUUCUUCACUGUUAUCAUCACAUGAAUGAUAAGUAACUCUGAUCAUGAAAUCCAUGAAAGAUGACAAAAUAAACACUUUAUGUAACAUAUACG